AUGGCAACCGCUAGCGUCACAUCCGUCGACCUCACCGGCCUCAAGAAGAUCGGCCAGGGCAAGGUCCGCGAUGUCUUCGAGGUCGACGACAAGACGCUUCUCUUCGUCGCCUCCGACCGCGUCUCGGCUUUUGAUGUCGUCAUGAAGAACGGCAUCCCUGACAAGGGCGCCAUUCUCACCCACGCCUCUGCCCACUGGUUCAAGGUCCUCACCGACCGAGUCCCCGGCCUCAAGACCCACUUCAUCACCCUCGACCCCCCGGCCGGCCUACCCGCCGCCGACGCCGCUCUUAUCAAGAACCGCGCCAUGCAGGUCCGCCGCCUCAAGGUCAUUCCCCUCGAGGCCAUCGUCCGCGGCUACCUCACCGGCUCCGCCUGGAACGAGUACAAAUCAAAGGGCACCGUCCACGGCAUCCCCGUCCCCGCCGGUAUGCAACAAUCCCAAGCCUUCGCCACCCCCCUCUACACCCCGUCCACAAAGGCAGAACAAGGUGAGCACGACGAAAACAUCCACCCGGACGAGGCCGUCAAGCUCGUCGGCGCCAAGUACGCCAACCGCGUCGAGGAGCUCGCCCUCCAGCUCUACGCCGCGGCGCGCGACUACGCCGCCGAGCGCGGCAUCAUCCUCGCCGACACAAAGUUCGAGUUCGGCGUCGACCCGGACACGGACGAGGUCGUGCUCGUGGACGAGGUGCUCACGCCCGACAGCAGUCGGUACUGGCCUGCCAAGGGUUACGCUGUCGGCCGCGACCAGGAGAGCUUUGAUAAGCAGUUUAUUCGCAACUGGUUGAUUGAGCAGGGGCUCAAGGGGAAGGAGGACGUUGCGCUGCCCGAGGAUGUGUGCAAGGCUACGGCGGAGAAGUAUAAGGAUGUGUUUGUCAAGUUGGUGGGGAAGAGCUUUGAUGAGGUUGUUGCGUGA